AUGGCACCUGCAAGUGCGAAAGGCAGCUCCAAGGGCGGUGUUGACGCUGUGCAGGAACUGAGCAUGAUGGCUCGUGAAGUCGAGCAACAGCAGGACACUCUCGCAUUGCAGAUUCAGAGGGUCACGGCGAAGAUUCGCAACAAUGCCAUCAGCGUCAAGAGGAACGAGGCUGCUCUAGAGAUGCUCAAAGAGGCUGGGCCCGAGAGUGUGACCUACCAGCAAGUCGCGCGGCUUUUCCUUCUUUCUCCAGUGCCAAAGUUGGAGGCCUCGCUCCGCAAGCAGAGCGCCGACCUCCAGCAAGAGGCGACGAAACUCGAGGGGUUGAAAGACCAGCUAGUCACGCGGCUGAAGAGCGUCGACGCGCAGGCUGUGGAACUGCGGAAGAACUUCCAGCAGACGAUUGCUCAGGCUAUCCAGGCGCAGCGCGACCCCGCGGGCGCCGACGCCACACCGGGAGCCCCGGCCUAG